AUGGAAGAAGAUGAUCAAUUGCCUCUGCAGAACUUGUUACUCUUUCAAUAUCUUGUCGUUGUGCUUGAAAGCGAUUUUCUACCUCGUAAUGCCACUAUGAACUGGAGCUUGCAGAGGGAAUCUUUACUCUACAUGUUACUUGGAUCUAGGAAAAUAAACUACAAAAGUUUGGUAGGCAAUCUUGUAUUUUGGUGCAUUUGGUACAGAACACCUUUGGUGGACAUUAUUCUGGAUGAUCUAGCUUACAACCAAGAUAAUGUCCCUCAUUUUCUUAAGAUCUUCAGCGAGCCUAAAUGGAAGCUGGAAAUAGUUGUGCAGUAUCUUUGUAAAUACAUAACUAAGCCUUCUGCUCGCACUCGUCGAUCAAAUGGUUUUACUGAAGAUACAACAUUUGACGGGGCUUUGAAAUGCUUUUCAAAUAAAACCGGCACUAAGAGCAUAAUAAAAAAAAAUUGUGCAGAUGUAGUUCAGUUGCUUUUGGCUCAUGGUUUUCAGGCUCAAUUGUCAAUAUUGUCAGAAAGAAAUGCAAAUGACAACAUUGGUGGAGAUGGAGAAGAAGGAGCUGGUGCUCUUGUAGAUUUGUGUCAGGCGUUUAUAUCUGCGUUUGAUAGUUUGAGAAAAGAUGUGCUAUUUACUGCUGCAACUGCUAUCUCCAUGCAGUCAUAGGAGUGUAAAUAACAGCAUUGACUUUAUUAGCUUUAUUACUUAUACUUCUUUAAAUAAAGGGCUUGACUUAGAUCAACUCAUU